CAGGGAUCGUAUAAAGGUCAUCUUCUGGUGACAUCUUCAUUAUCCAAUCAAAUCGUCACUUCCCCGACACUGGAAGUCCAGGAACGGUAACUCGGUUUGUUUGUCUUUUUCGGAACGCUUCGUCGUUCAUCAUAACCUCGCACAUAAGAACCGACGUUAACAGAAUGGCAAUGGCCGCGGCCAGUGUGAUUGACGCUCGAUUUUUGAUUACUGGUAUAUAUAUGUUUUGAUUUAUGUAUUAGAUAUUGUGAUUGAAGAUCGAUGUUUGAGUAUAUGUUCCAAAGCUUAACAUUAUGGCUGCAGGUAUUCUAACACCUCGGCGCAUAUACUAUAAAGCAAAUAUAUGUGUGCUUUGUGGAUUCGCAUUUGUUCAAUCAGAGAUAACUUCAACAGGGGAAACGAUUGAAAGAAAUCUAUUUAAUAAAAAGCUGAAAUUAACAGACGAUAAAGUCAAAUCUAUACAACACGUACUUAGUGAAUUUCAACACGACAGUGUUAGCUCCAGCAAUGGUGUUUGUAAAAAUUGCUAUAGAACUGUUGAAAGGAUAAUUAAGAUAGAAAAGGAAGUGGAACAGUUACAGAUAGAAAUAUCUAGAUCCAGAUCAUCGGUUAGGACAAAAUACCAGUUGGCAACACCAUCCCCUACAAAAUCAAAAAUUGAAAAAAGAUUGCGAAUAUCACCAGAAAAAACUGUGAAAAGACCAUUUCCGUCAUCAUUUAAGAAAGUUACAGUUGUGAACAUUCCACCAAUACCAACAAUUUUGCCCAAAACGGAAAAGAAUGAGCCAGUAUGUAAGCCAUUGAGUGUAAGAAGAUCUCUGCCAUUUUCAACUGUUGAGAAUGUUCAAGAUAAGACAGAUAGUUCACUGGAAGGAGAAGUUGAAACAGUUUUAUUUUGCAUGGAAUUACUUAUUUUUCCAUCAACUGCUGCUGAUUUAGCCAUUUGUGACUAACAAGACACAAAGAUCACCAUUCACUACAAGAGUGGAAAAAAACAAAAGUUUAUUGCCAAUCCAAGCCACAAAACCAUUUGUAAAGCUUUACUUACAGAAAAAGAUGCAGAAAAAACUAUGCUUGAUGUUUUAAAGAAAUCAAAUCCAUCAUAUCUAGUAAACCAGACUUGUGAAAUAAUUGGCGAUGAAUGUGAAAAGAUAUGCAAGCGAAACAGUGGAAGCGUACUCCAGGAUCGAACAUAUCAUGGUAUAUUGAAUUUUUCAUGGGAUGAAUUGGAAGGAGAAUUACAAACUCUUGCCCCAAAUUUACUUCAAAUAGUAAAAAGCAUGGUUUCAGACAAACCAUCAUCUAUCUCUGACAGAUGUCGCAUACAGAUGCUGAACGCCAUUGCUUGUGCACUACAUGCAAGGUCCAGAGAAAUGACAGCACUUCAAUAUUUAACAGGAUUAAUCUUACUUCAUGGAGGCUGCACUCAACGAGACAUUGACAGAUUAGCUAAAAUGGGUGUAACUGUGUUGUCUGAUACCCUUCACAAAAAGCUUGGAACCUGGCAAGUAAAUCUUGAUGAAGUGCUGAUUCAAAUGAAACAGGAUUGGUUGAACAUGGCAAAGGAAAAAUAUCAACUAGCAGGAGAUAACUGGGAUAAGAACAUUCUCCCAAGUUACAGAACCUCACAGCAGAAAACGAUCUCCUUGCAUUUAUUCACUGUUGUGGGAGUUGUAGAUAGAAUUUCACCUCCCUUACCAGAAGAAGUGACGGACAUUAAUUCUGUAACUGAUUUGGACGCCAACAUAUUCAUCCCUUCAUUGCAAGAGCAGAAUGUACUAAGAAAUGAGCUGACUUUCCUUGUUGCUAGUGCAUUGGUGAAUAACAUUGAUCAGUUAACAAACCACUUCAAGAACAUUUACCCACAACAUCUGGAACACCAGUAUAGUCAUUCUGCAGGAAUCAAGACCAAACAGUAUUGCCUUGGAUUGUUUGAUUCCAAUGAGCAGAAAACCCAGGAUGUAAUCCAACUCUUAAAAGAACCACAAGACAAGUAUGUCCCAGUUACAGAUGGAGACAUUAAGGAAGAAGUAUUCUUUGGAGGUGAUCGUUUGACAGAUGAGCGAAUACAGUGUGCCCAGCAAGCAAUGGAAAAUGAAAACACUCCAUUAAAACGAUUGGAAGGAUUCAUUUCUAAGAUAGAAGAUUUCCAUCGACUUAUGAAUUUUUUGGAGGCUAUCUGUAAAUUGACAUUUAGCACCAGUUCAGGAAAAGAUAGAGGCACUGCAUACUUUUUUAGGAAUUUGCUCAACUGUCGUAUCAUCAAAGGGGAUGUCAAGAACUCCUAUCGGGCAUACAAAAUGCAGUAUUAUACCAUUUUUGAUGGAAUUUGUUGUGCAUUGUUUUUGAGGGAAUUGAAUUUGGACUCCUUAGAAGAUGAAGUCCCCUUUCCUCCUGACUGGGACAAGUUGAACGAGAUUGAGAAGGUAGAAUGGUUAAACACUUUAAGUGAAAAUAUUGUGAAGAAAUGGUUCUUUGAAAGUGCUGAUGAUUUAUGUCAAGAGCUGCGAGACAUAAUGAAUGAUCCUGAUCAUGAAGAAAAUUAUUGGAGUUCCAAUUACUCCAAUGGGCGAUUCAAAUGUCAUUUCUGUGAUAAAACAUAUAUCUACUCUAAAAGCUUACAAACUCAUGAGCUUAAAGUUCAUUCACAUAACGUGAAGAAACAAUCUGGUGAAAAGACAUCUACAGAUAGUGAUGAGGUGUUUAACUAUGUUAUGCUAGUAUUUAAACUAGUUGCGUUACAUCGGAAUCUGGAUUCUGCUGUUGAUAUGGGAGAUGGUAUGAGAUCAGUACGGUCUGCCAAGUAUGAAGCACCAAUUUACAAUAAAACAAAUAAACUGAAGUACCUGAUAGGAAGUGUCCAUUUGACUGCAUUGGUAUCUGGAACCCUUCCAAACAACCAAUCUGAGCGCCUUAUAUGGAACAGAUUUAUUAAUAUCAGUGGUGGGAAAAAUGAAUAACAUGGCUAUAGACGAGUAUGUAGAGCUUGUUAAUCGUGACACGAAAAACACUUGCUCAGGGUAUCAAACAAAGGAAAGCAUUGUUUCACAUUCAAGAGAGUUUCCACAUCUAAUUGAUGCAACAAAACAUGUUGAUGCUAUUUGUGAUGUUUAUAAAAGAAAGGGCUUUCACAAGAAGCCCUCAUAUGUUGGGGAUGUGAAAAAGGUUGCAUCUGAACUAAUUAGAAUGAAUGCAUUUGAUAAAACUAUUGGGAGAACUCUAGGAUGUAGGGAAAUAGUGUCUGAAAGAAACCCUUUUGACAGUUGUUAUUCUAACUUUACAACCAUGAUUCACAGGCACAAGCCAGUGCUUCCAUUCAGGCGAUUGAGAAAUGAACGAGUUUGAAUUUUCUCAUGGUUGUACAUUUGAGUGAUUGUUACAUACUUUUGCCCUUAUUAUGUGUAGGAAUUUUGAUUCGCAUGUGCAUAUCUAUGUAUUGUUUUCCCCAUCUUAUGAUAUAUUGUUGGAAAGAUGCUGUCAGAUUAAAAGUGGUGAGGCCAAAAUAAAAUAUAUGUGUGUUUCCUAUUUAAAGCCCUCAAAAAUUAGGUAGGGUAGGUAGGUAAACAUUCUAUUUCAUUAAAACAUUUUAUUUGAAAUCUUAACUUUUUUGAUACACUUUCAUUACAUAUCUAUAUACAUUACAAAUACUUUUCACACAUUUUGAAGCUCAAUAGUAGUAAAAUGAAAAUCACAGAAACUUGUACACAAAAAGAAAAAAAUCCAAAUUCAGAAGUUUUGCUUUACCAUGUUUACAUACAUGUAUAUCAUCAAUGAAAAGUUUAGGGUCAGCAGCAAAUAGGUAGGUAUGGUCAGAAAACCGGAAACACGCAUCUAUUUCACUUUUGCCUGAUCGUACACAUAUAUUAUCUCUGUGUUUGUCAUGCGAUGUAGCAGGCAACAAAAACGAUCAGGGCUUGAAGAUAACUUUUUAUGUCACCAGUCCAACCGGACUGAUGGGGUAUAAUUUCAACCAGUCCGCAGGAAAAUUUACCUGUCCAACAGAGGUUUCCAUAAAUAAUUUUGUUAAUGUUAUUACAAUGAAAUUUAAUUCAAUAUGCCUCAGUCAAUAUUGUAACACUUGUGGGAUUUAUAUUUACGAAUCAGAUUUGUCUGAUAUGUACAGAUCGAAGAAAUUUCAUAUAAAGUAUAUUUUCCAUCGGACUGACUAAAACAAAUGUAUGUCAGUCCACCAGACUUUUAACCAGUCACAGACUGACAGGCAUAUGUUAAUUUUGAGUCAUGACGUUUGAUAGAGGUAUAUGUCUCUGGACUUCUUGAACAACAAAGUUUUGAGAUAAAUUUUGAGAUACAUGUUGCAUAGUUUAAUAACAGAUACAUAAAAUACAAUUACAAUGUAUCUAAAGUGAGUUCCAAAAGUUCAUCAUCUGUAACUGAGUCUGACUGAUAGUCAUAAGAUAUAGUAUCAGAAUCACUGUCUACCACAUC